CGUUUUGUGAAGGGAUGGUGUCGUGAUUUUAUUUCUGAAAAUUAUCAAUAUUUGGGGGAUCCAAUUGGAAUUUUGCUCCAUAAAUGUCUUAGAAAUGGACAAAAUAAACAAUUAGUGCAACUGGUUUCCACAUUUCAUCGUUUUACACGUUUUAUAAUCUUCACAAUAUGGACACAAAGCCAGAGGAAAUUUACAUUAAACCAGAAAUCAAUAUCGAAGUUGAAAUCGAACCAUACAGUGAUGUUCCAGUGGAGGAGACGAACAGCAAAUACGUUAAAGUAGAAUCUCAAGACAGCAGCAGUACAAAAAGUCUUCAAAAUACAGAGUCAUACUAUGGAACACCUGAAACGUCUACAGCAGUCAUCGAAUCAAAGAGAACGAUAGAAUUUGAAGGGAAAGUAUACGAGAAUGGUAAAAUUAAUAGAUUACAAUGUCCACAGUGCGAUAAUACGUUUAAGAAUAGAGCCAAUCUCAGAGCGCAUAUUAAAUUCAUACAUUCCACCGACCAAGAUGUUGUUGACUGCAACAUUUGUUUUAGAACGUUCAAAUCAUUACUACAUCUUCGAUCUCACAAGAGUUCUGUCCACGCAGAUGAAAAAGAAGUUGCUUGUGAUUACUGUGACAAAACAUUUUUGAAUAAGAAAAAACUGAACAACCACAUAUUCUACUGCCACCCGGAUGAUGAAGAAAACGUCAGUUGUGAGGUAUGUAAGAAGAUUUUCAAAACCAAAUACCGUCUGAAAGUCCACAUCAAACAAGUUCAUCCGGAAGGCCAAACGGUGACCUGUCCAGAAUGUUCGAAGGAGUUUAAGAAUAAUAUGCUUUUACAAAGACAUGUUAAAUGGGCUCAUCCCUCAGAUGGCUUGAUUUACCGCUGCCCCCAAUGCAGCAGGGUGUUACCAUCGAUAGAUGGCUACAAACGCCACAUGGCAGCCGUGCAUGGCACCAAAAAUGUCUCUUGUGACGUAUGCAAUAAGGUUUUCAAGACCAACGGUAGCUUGAAUCGCCACAUGUCAACAGUACACAGCAACGUAAAAGUCGAAAGAAAGAAAUACAAGACCGGGGAUUUACAAUGCACCGCGUGCGACAAGAAAUUCGCUACAAACACAGCUGUACUGUGGCACUAUGAGAAGUGUCACUCGGAAAAUAAGGUGGAUACAUCUUGUCAGGUAUGCUCGAGAGAGUUCUGCGAUCUAAACAAUUUAAAACGGCACAUGGAAACCGUGCAUUCUGAGCAAAGUGCGACGUGCAAUAUCUGCUUCAAAACGUACAAAUCUCCUAUGAACUUACAAAGGCACAUAAGAAUAACGCAUGCGCCUCCCGAAGCGGCUAAAAGGUGCGAGAUAUGCCAGAAAACUUUCAAGUGCUCGAUGCAUCUAAAAAUACAUAACAACGUCGUUCAUUCCAAAGAAGGAGAAUUUGCUUGUUCAAUUUGCAACAAGGUUUACUCCUCGAAAAAGUACAUGAACAAGCAUAAGAAAACUCAUAAUAGCAAAGAAUAUCCAUGCACUAUUUGUACAAAGUUCUUCAAAUCUACUAACGAUGUGACCAGGCAUAUAAGGAGGGUGCAUAUGAAAAACGGUGAUCCAGAUGAGUCAAUGCAGGAAAACUGCAGCAACAAAGAGAUGAGCUGUGUCAAAUGUGGUCAGAUGUUUCCAAAUGACACAGAACUUCAUGCUCAUAUUAUAAAUUGUGGACUUGUAAAAAUAGAGCAGAAUAGUAACGUAAUAAGCGAUGAAAACUGUUGUGGUAAAUGUGGUGAAGUUUUCAACGAUGCUACAUUAUUAGAGGCCCAUAUAAUCCAGUGUGGGAACAUUAAAAUUGAAAGAAUAGAUGACGAUGAUUCAAUAGAAAUCAAUUUAGAUAGCAAAAUAGCUAAUUGUGUCAAAUGCAGAAGGGUUUUCAGCAAUGUUACACAGCUACAGACACAUAAAAUCAGUUGUGACGGUGAAAUAGAACGAAGAGAAAUAAAAAUGGAGAUUGAAGAAUGUGAUGAUGAAUAGAAUAGAAAACUAACAUUUUUUACUUACAUACUUAAAUUUUUAUUAAUAACUAUUAAUGUAAAUACAUAAUUAUAUAGUAUACUUUCUGUUAAUUAAAUUGCGUUUACUAUAAGAAUAAAGUAUAAUAUUAUUCUAUGUUAUUCUUGUUGUUUUCUUGAACUUAAACCAGUGAAAAAUUAUAAAUACAAUGUAAGUUUUAAAAAAUAAUGAUUUAUUAAAAAAUUACUUAUAAAUUACUAACUCCCAAAACUAAUAUUAGGUAUUGGUAUAGAUCGUUUCAUCCACUCGGCCGCGCGCAAUGUUUGGUCCCGGCCGCGCGGGGUGCGGGGAGUGUGGUCCGAGCAAUCCGUAAGGCAUUACUGUAGUGUGCGUGUGCACUCAUGGAGCAUUAGCGUGGACCGAUAACACUCAAACAGCAGCGGAAGAAUGGUGGCGCGCGUCCGAGUGAAUGAAACGAUCUAUAAUCUAAUCAUUUUAAUCAAUAACAAAUUAUCAUUUUCAUUACAUAAUAUCAUAUUAUGCCAAACAUUUGGUCUGUAAAUAUACAAAAUACAUAAUCUGUAACAUUUAGGGCACCGUUUAUUGAUAUAGAUAUUGUCCCACACUGAACUGUCCCACCAAACUCAAUGACAGGGGGGCGCUACCAUCGUUCAACUAUAUGGUUUCCAACAUGGCAACAAUCGGAACCAGCGAUCCGGUAUUGACGGUGGCGCCCCGCUGUCAAUGUCAUGCAUAGGACAGUUCAGUAUUUCGGAACUAUAGCUUACAACCGAUCGAGCUAACUGUGGCAUUUUGACAGUUGAGAUCUCGCUGACGUUCAGAAGUCGUCCCAUUGAAAAACAGUUCUAAAUCCGUAUUCACAAGGGUCAUUUCGAUAGAACGAUUACUCGAUAGGAUCGCAUUCAGCGAUUUGUUGUCGUUGCAGUUUUGUUACGUGAAUAAGGCUACCGCGCAAAUCACUUGAAUGCAACUUUCCCGCGGCUGCCAGAUGCGCAGUUAACUCGAUGGGUUAAUUUCAAUCCUCACCCCGUAGUGUUAAUUUCAAUCCUUGCCAUAUUUAUUUAGGUGAUCUAUUAUGACUUACAUACAGAGGCGGCGUAAGGCGUAGGCGACGUGGGCCACCGCCUACGGCCUCGCGGUACAAGGGGCCUCGCGCAUCAAAAAUUUUGAAAAAAUGUAUACAAGGUGGAGAUGACAAUAUCACAAUACGAACAUUGACUAUUAAAUAUAAAUUCUUGAUAGCUAAACAAUGUAGUUAAAAAUAAAAAUAUAUUUUUUUCCAAACAAAUUCAGCCAUAAUCAGACACAAAAUUAAGCAACAACACGGUUUUAAGUGACGAACAUUAUUCUUUGGCGUAAUAUUCCUUUAAAAAUAAUCACUGAAUCAAGAAAUCAGAAACUGUCAAUGUAUAGACCUUUGACCCUUGUUUUUUAUUAUUUCAUAAAAUCCGUCUUCAGGUCGCCAGUCGCCACAGAACAAGGCCUCGCGAAAUCUGUCUUGCCCACAUCAAAUUUAUGUCUUGCCCCGCCUCUG